AUUAUUGCGUAUCACAUCUAUUCGCUACAGUCCCAGACAUUAAAUCUGCAAAGAUGCGUGCGUUAGCUUGUCUCGUAUUUAUCGCUCUGGCAUACGCCAUUCAAGGAGCUCCAUCACCUUAUAUCAUCGGUGGAAAGGAUGCUCCCAUCGGCAAAUUUCCGUAUCAAGUUUCAUUGAGAUAUUACCGCGUGCAUAAAUGCGGUGGAUCCAUCCUCAAUAAUUAUAACAUAUUAACCGCAGCAAGUUGUGUCGCAGGGUUGGAAAAUCGGGUAAAUAAUCUAAAGGUCCAUGUUGGCACAAACUUUUUGAAUAUAACAGGAGCUGCUUAUGACGUAGCCAGUGUUAGCAUCCACGUUAAUCAUUUAACCGGUAAUGACAUCGCCUUAGUUCAUCUUAAAACUCCUUUGAAAUACAGCACGCUAGUGCAACCGAUAAAUCUUAUGACAAGCGAUGAGAAUCUCGACGGCAAGUCGUGCACGUUAUCCGGAUGGGGAAAAAAGAAUGAUGGAGAGAUUUCGAAUAACUUGCAAGAAAUUGAGUUGAGAGUUUAUCCCCAGGAAAAGUGCCAAAGACUAAUAUGGGCUGUAAAAAAUACUCAACUUUGUACUUUGACAAGUGAAGGAGAAGGAGCGUGCGACGGUGAUACUGGUAGCCCUUUAGUAGCCAAUGGAGUUCAAAUUGGAAUUGUCUCUUACUUUCUUCCCUGCGCAAUGGGAUAUCCAGACGUUUACACAAGAAUAUCAAGUUACAUAACAUGGAUCAAUGGACAUUUAAGGAAUUAAAAAAUAUCAUUUAAUUUAUUAACAUACCACUUUGUUUUACAUAAUUUAUAAUUUAAUUACUAAUAUAUGUAUUUUGAGCAAAUUAUUUCUGCAAGAUUAUAUUACUUCCUGUUAUAA